GCAGUCGGUAAUGUCCGCGUCGGCACCAAAUGGAGAAUGCGAAUGUCCUGCCGAUGGAAAGUGAAACUAUCAAUUCGAAUAUAGACGUAAUGCUUGCAACAGUAUGAAGUAUAUAAUGAACUGUGACAUAUUCAUCAUCAUACUUCUAUAUUCCUACUCGACUAAUCAAGUCGUGGAUCGACGAAAAUAUGUCCCUACAGAGAUUAAUCGUUUCCACAAUCGCCAUCUUAGCUAGCUGCGAAGCUAGCGGCUUUGGACAUCUUGCACCGGCAGCAAAAUCGAUAUCUGUCGUGCGAUACGCACCUUUCUACAGUUUCCCAAAUGGAGUGCGUUCGAUUCACGCGGUUCUACCACCAGUGGCUCCGGCGUUACCAGUAGCACCAGUAGUCAGAGCUUUUGCCCCACAACCUAUAAUACCGGCGCCAGUGGCUGCCCCUGUAUUGCCUGCGCCACCACCACUGUACCCAGCACCCGUAUUGCCGGCACCUGCAUUCCCAGCUCCAGUUUUGCGUACAUCUUUCAUACCAGCACCAAUUCCAGCACCUCUACCAGCUCCGGUAUUUGCACCUGCGCCGGUACUACCCUCUAUUUCUGCACCCGCUGCAGUUUAUCCUACGUUACCUAGAUUUGCUCCGAUUCCCACUUUAUCUGCAGCACCCUUCAUUACUAGAGCUGUGCCAGCAUUACCUGCAGUACCAUUCUCACCUAUUGUUAGACCUGUCGCCCCUGCAGUUUUACCUGCUCCUGCGCCAUACUUUCCUGCACCAGUCUUUGCACCGUCACCUUUAGGUUUUACAAGAACAGUACCCUACCCAGCCCCAGCGCCUUUACUAUCCGCACCUUUAAUAAAACAAGCGUGGAAAUGAGUCUAGUCCUGUCAUUAGUUUGUAAUUAGGCGUAAGAUGUUGUUAUAUGUUAUGUAGAUGUAAUGUUGUUUUUUUUUAUACGAGCCAUUUUUAUAACAUAUCAAAAAUAAACUUAUAAAGUUUA